AGGAGCGUUUCGGCAAUUAUUUCAAAUGCUGGGUGUUAGGGUUGGUGUUCUGUGCUGUAUUUAUGUGGUUAUGUCGUGUCGUUUUUGCUGGUGUGGCCAGAUCGUAAAAUGGAAAAGAAAUUCGGUUUGACAUGUAUGUUUCUCUGGGUAGCUUGUUAAUUUGCGACACAGGCAUGAAAUGAAGGGUAAGAUUUGACAGGAGCUCUGCAAGUGGUGGGAUAAUUUUACCAAAACCAACGGAAAAUGGACUCGUUUCUGAAACAAUUCAGAGACAGAAAUCAAGCUGAGUUGCGCUGGUUGGGGGAGCUGUAUCAGUGCGCCGAGGCGAGCGCAUGUCCAAGGGCGAACUGUGCAGCCGCGCCGUCUGCGGGGCAACUGGCUUUGUCUGCGGUCAGGGGGCUGCAGGAGCUGCUGGACCCCCAGUCCCCCGUGAUGCCACUCAGCUACAGCUUUGUAUCAGUGUCUGAAUUAGUCACCAAGCAGAACAUUCCCUGCUGCAGCCGUCUCACCUGGAGCACCCAUCAGUACAGAGAAUGGGCCAGGGAGGCGGAGCAGCGGCUGCCCAAUCACAAAGCUCUGCCACGAGCCAAUCUUCUGCUGAUUGGCUACUUGACUGACAGGAAAUGUGCCGAGCCGAGUGCGACCAAUGGGUCUGACGGAACCUGGAGGGUGAGAGAUCAGAGUUUCAGUGUCUGCUGCAAGGCUGUAAGUGCCCAGCCCAACUGGCUCCAACAGUUCAUGCUGUUUCCCAGCUGGAACUACAUCCCCCAGAAUGCAUCUGCACAGAAUCAACAGACCAGGGGCUUCCUGGAGCUCACUGCCCCUCCUGUGCCCCUGACACUUGACAUAGCUUCCGUUGCACCUGAGAGGAGCUGUUCUGAAAUCAUUACUGUGGCAGAUGUCAUCAAAGUGCUGCAGCAAAGGCGGAGAAAGGGAGGCGUCCGCCUGCAUGUGCAUGGUGUGGUGUCUGCGGUGUGCCCCCUGCUGGACAUUGCUGGGAAAUCUUUCUUUUGCUUUUGUCUGAAGGAUGGGGAGAGCAGCGUGCCCGUUCUGGUGUUGGACGUUGACCACCUGUGCUGGCAGCAGUGCUUGCGAGUGGGGGAGGGUGUGUGCGUGUCAGAGCUGCGUGUGUGCGCGCUCAGGACGCUGGGGGGGUACAAAGUCCUCUGUGUCACGCCCCAGUCACACUUAAGCACCGCCCAGGCGUACCCGGAUGUGACGGAGAGCGGGAAGGAGGUUUCGGAGGGAAAGGUGAUGGAGGUGAAGACAGAGAGCGGGAUGGAGGUAAAAAGAGAUGUUAAGCGUUGGAGGGUCACAAAUCCAGACUCUGGGGAGAAUUGUGUUCCACCCACUGCCAGGACCAAGAUCUCCAAGAUGAUCAGCUAUAAGGGAGUGCUGACCAAGGUGCUGGAUGCAGAGUCUGGGCUCUUUGAGUUGGACGGGCAGGUGGGGCUGUGCCUGGCCUAUCAGCCCUCCCUGCGGAUGGCCAGUAGCCUCAGACCUGGGGUGCAGAUUGAGAUCCACAAUGUUCACUUCCUGUACCGGGCCUCCUCGAUCUGCCCAGACGUCUUGCUGUGCGUCUGCCUGCGAUCCAGCCUGCGUGUGACAAAUUUCAGCGGGCUGCAGCCAGGGGGCGCCUCUCACCCCAACGCUGAGGCUCCUGCUCUCCGCAUCCUGCUGGAGAAGAACCUGGGAAUAUCUGAGUACCUUUGGCUCUGUCACUGUAUGAAGACACUGAAAGAAAGACUUUGCCCCCGCUGGGUGCGGGAACAGCGCGUGGCAGUGGUAGCAUCCCGGCUGUUAGAUCUUGUCUUGCCCCCGAGGCAGGAGGGACCCAAUCACAGGCGAGAUAUCUACCGAGAGAUGUUGUUGGAACCUCACUGCUGCCCCCUGUUGGAGUACACUGUUGGCAGCCCUCACCAGGAGCUCCUCUCAGUGAAAGAUCUGCUCCUCACGAUGGAGAGGGAGUGUUGGCACUCUUUGUCUCUGGCCUCCCUGUUGCCUCCGUCAGGGCCCUACCUCAUGCGGACCCAGCUCAACCCUCUGCUCAGUUGGUCCUUCCACAGCCUGCCUGCCUGGAGCACGCCCAAGCCCCCGGUGCUGGUUGGCGUCUUGGAGUCCCAGGGGAAAGGUGUGUGCGUGCGAUUGGCUGACCAAACGGGUGCGGUGGACUGCGUGGCCGUGGGAAGUGAGGACGGCCAGUCGCACUGCACAGCCAGCAACACAGCCUGGUUAGGUUGUCUGGUGAGCAUCCAGCGUUUCACCAUGGUGGUGGAGAGGUUCCUGAAGACCGAUUUCCCUUCCUGGAGGCACCUGGAUGACGAAUGCCACGUCACGCACCGCCACUGCAGGGUUUACAUUCAGUUCUGCGUGAGUGACCUGCAGAUCCUGAGCCCCUCGGCCUCCAUGGCCGCACUCCUUAGUACCCAGCAGGAGCAGAAAGCAGGGGAUGGAGGUCCUAAGGAGAAGGGAGCAGCAGAGGAUGGGAGAGUCAGUCGGAUGGAGGUCACGAUGGCCCAGAAGGCAGUGGGUGGUGGUGGACACAGAAACAGGGACAGGGACAGUGAGCAAGCCAGACACGAGGGUCUGCAAGGCCUGGCUGUUACCGUGGGCAACAGCUGUGGUGUCGGUCCGACCGAUGCGGCAGGGGGAUCUGAGCUCAGUGCAGACGACAAAUCUCCGAGACCUAAGAUCCCCAGACUGGCUGAGGAGCGCGAUGGCGCAGAGUAUGGCGGAAGGUCCUCCGGGGCUGAGGGUGGCGCCAGUGAGCCUGGGGCAGUCAGAGGUCGCUUGCAGUCUGACGGCUGUGUGUCCGUUGUGUUCCGCGUGGAGUCAAAGCAAGGCCUCACUUUCCAGAAUGUUUACACUUCGUCAGUGGCCUCUGGGCGGUCCCUGUGUUUCCAUGUGACUGUCAUGAUGUUCGGAGAACCGCGGCUCUGGGCAGAGAACCCCAGAGUUCACCCCCUGGAAGCAAGUGAGACGAUGGGGGUGGAGCCCAGGGAGGUGGACCUGCAGUUUGUGGAGAAGUCUGUCUGCUGGUUCCCCCUGCUGCAGGUGGACGGUGUCUACAGGUUGGUUGCCCCUCACACUCAGGACCCCGGGGUACUAUGCGUCCCCUCUGCACCUUCGAAGGGCAGAGCCGUGCUCCACAGCACCCCCUACCUCUUGGUCCAGCCUCAAUGGCGUUUAUACACCCUGCCUCCCUCCCUGAGGCCUGCACCGCUCCCCAUGGUGACCCGGGCCAAGGAGCUGGUGGUCAUGUCUGUGUCACAAGUCCUGUACAGCAGCUCUGCCUCUGCCUUAGUGUCCUUCCAAGGACUGAUCACCAGCAGGAUAACACUGGAGGAGAACGAGAAGGUCCCCUGUUUCCCGGAGGAAUACAGCGAAACGGGAGCAGACGUGGAGUCAUCUCUGAACGUGAAGCUCACCGUGGGCGACCUGGCGAUCCCCGGCCAAAUCAUUCACGUUUACCUGAAGCUCUCUGGCAGACCCUACAUCCCAGGCCUUGUCCCCGGGGCCCGAGUGCUGCUGCAGUACUUCCAGCGCAGCGUCUCGCGGACUGACAGUGUGUACUGCCGCUCUGUUCCCAUCAGCUGUGUGACAGUCACUGCCCUCCCCCCGACAGACUGCGGGACUUUGCCUGUCAACCUCCCUGUCCCGGCAGUGCUGUUGGGAGAAUGGGCCCUGGUGGGGGCGCGGCGAUGCGCCGUGGGCCGGGUUCGAGCCUAUGUGACAUGCGUGCUGUACCUGCAGAUGCAGUGGGUCUGCUCUCUGUGUGGGAACAUCUUCAAGCAGGACCGCUGUGUCCAGAAAUACCCCCCCUGCACGUCCACCAUUGGGGUCUUCCAGGCAGAGGCCAAGGUCGCAGUGGAUGAUGGGAGUGGAGAGGCCCAGGUUUGGAUCUCAUCUCAGAUGGUUUCAGGGCUCUUGGGACUGGGUGUCGCGGAGUGGGAGGGGAUACAGCGGCUGGUCAAAGUCAGAGGUCACGUCCGGGUCUACAGUCAAGGCAGGAAUAUGGUGUCCAUUGCUGAUGCGGAGGACCCCUUGGUGGAAUACCUUUCUUCUCUGUGUGUUAGUACUGUGGUGUGUCGCCCCCCUCAACCUGACAUGCCAGCUGAAGAAGCAAUCCCCAUGUACUGUAGAGCUGAGACAUGAGACCGCAGAGCUGAAAAGAUUCUGUCGCAGAGAGAGAGAGUUUGUCACCAAGAUGGCAGACCCUCUACAGGUAUCCUGCUUGGAACUGAGCCCAUGGCAAGCCUGGGAAUGAGGCUAUGUGUCAGCACUGGGUGCCUGAAUGGAGCAAUAUUUUUGUUUCUGUUUAUUUCUGUAAAUAUAGGAAUAUGUUCAUAGCUAUUUAUUGAAUAAAAUGUCAUUUUACAAUUUC